UUCUCUGUGUGUUUAAUUUGUCUUUUUAAUCGUGGUGAGACGAUAAUUAGAUAACAUUUUAGUAACUGAUCAAAUAUAAUUAUUCGUUGACUUUAUAUUUAACGACGUUGCGAUACACUAUCACGCUCGCCGUAACCUGUGGAAUCAAAGGCCCGUCGCAGCCUCAUGUUCCACACGGAGGUAUUUUAUCAACGGACCCGAAAAACGAACGAGUUUGCGCCGGACUCACAAGGAAGUGCGGAAAAAAUUGGUGCGCCUUUUUCAGCUGAGUUGGCUCAUAUCAAAAGCUGAUGAUUUGUUAGUCUUAUUAUUUAUACAACCUGAAAUAAAUUAGCCCCAAAGUAGGGACUAGUAAUCGGCCACUGGCGACACACGCAACACCUUUGGGAAUGCCCCGGAGAAAGAGGGCCGCCGGCAGCAGCUCCGACGGGACGGAGGACUCGGAUUUUUCCGCCGACCUCGAGCACGCGGAAGCUUCCGAGAACGCGCGCAGGCGCAGCAGCACGCGCCUCACUCGCGCCUCGCUGCGCCUCAGUCGGAGCUCACAAGAUAACUGCAGCUCUCAUGCAGCCACUGGUCCAGAUGAAGGCCAGGAUUCAGCAGCAGAGGCGGCGGCAGCAGCAGCAGUGGCAGCGUCUGUCUUUUCCUCCGGGCGCAGGAUCACACGCAGCCAGCAGGGGGCGACAAACACCGCAGCCAAAAAAUACCCACUGCGUUGGAGCAGGUCGUCUGGCUCGGAUACCGAGGCUAACGCAGACCUGAAGCCGGGGGCAGACCGGGACGAGACCCCUCCCCGGACCCCGACGGGCAACGCCCCGUCCUCGGAGUCCGACAUCGAUGUUUCCAGCCCCGGCAACGACCUUGUGUCUUCCAGCAACGACGUUGUGGUGUCGCAGGAGGAGGACGAGCGAUUGGCCAAAGAGCUGUCGCUCAAAGAGGCCGCCGCCCACGACCUCUCCCACCGGCCCAAACGGCGGCGCUUCCACGAGAGCUACAACUUUAACAUGAAGUGUCCCACACCCGGGUGCAACUCGUUGGGUCAUCUCACAGGGAGGCAUGAGAGACAUUUCUCCAUAUCGGGAUGUCCUCUCUACCACAAUCUCUCUGCUGAUGAAUGCAAGGGCAAGGCAUCGACGCGCGACAAACAGGCCGAGGAGCGGACGCUGUCACACCGCCAGGACGAGAAUAGACACUCCACACGAAGCCAGGCCCCGUCGGACCGCCAGCUGCGCUACAAGGAGAAGGUGACGGAGCUGAGGAGGAAGAGGAAUUCUGGCCUCAAUAAGGAGCAGAAGGACAAGUCCACGUCUUACUCCCCACCCAACCCCCCAACCCCCCCGCCCACCCCCACCCAGGAGCACCGUCAGAGCCACGGAGCGAGCAGGGAGCCGCUGCUGGAGAACAUCACCAGCGACUACGACCUCGAGCUGUUCAGGAAAGCGCAGGCACGUGCCUCGGAGGACAUUUCAGCAAACCCUCCUCUGCAGCCACAGGAGGAGUCUGAGAUAUUUUUGGAGAAACUUCGGCUGGCCGGCCAGGUGUCCGAGGGCAGCAACAUGAUAAAGACCAUCGUGUUUGGCCGCUACGAGCUGGACACGUGGUACCACUCCCCGUACCCAGAGGAGUACGCCCGCCUGGGGAGGCUCUACAUGUGCGAGUUCUGCCUCAAGUAUAUGAAGAGCCAGACCAUUCUGCGGCGGCACAUGGCCAAGUGUGUGUGGAAGCACCCUCCAGGGGACGAGAUCUACAGGAAGGGGAACAUCUCCGUCUUUGAGGUGGACGGAAAGAAGAACAAGAUUUACUGCCAGAACUUGUGUUUGCUGGCGAAGCUCUUCCUGGACCACAAGACUCUGUAUUACGACGUGGAGCCUUUCCUCUUCUACGUCAUGACCGAAGCCGACAACACCGGGUGCCAUCUAGUCGGAUACUUCUCCAAGGAGAAGAACUCGUUCCUCAACUACAACGUGUCCUGCAUCCUCACCAUGCCGCAGUACAUGAGGCAGGGCUACGGCAAGAUGCUCAUCGACUUCAGCUACUUGUUGUCCAAAGUGGAGGAGAAGGUGGGCUCACCUGAGCGCCCCCUGUCUGACCUGGGCCUCAUCAGCUACCGGAGUUACUGGAAGGAGGUGCUGCUGCGCUACCUGAACAACUUUCAGGGCAAAGAGAUCUCCAUCAAAGAGAUCAGCCAGGAGACGGCGGUGAACCCGGUGGAUAUCGUCAGCACGCUGCAGUCCCUCCAGAUGCUCAAGUACUGGAAGGGAAAGCACCUGGUUUUAAAGAGACAGGACCUUAUCGACGACUGGAAGGCCAAGGAGACCAAGCGUGGCAAUGGCAAGACCAUUGACCCCAAAGCCUUAAAAUGGACACCGCCUAAAGGGACGUAGAGGAGCUUCCAGAAACACAAACACACACACACACACACACACAGACCGAUCCUCCGCCACACUCUGGCAUGCUCACAGAUCCUGAGCCUGAACCCCCCCAGGCUCACACACACACACACUCUUGUACAAAACCCCUUUCAGCCGCUCGAUGUGUCCGCCGUGAUCUCUGGGUUCAGCAGUCACGCUCAACAUGAGAUCCAGUAUGAGAGCAGCGCUACGACGCCUGGCCACACACAGUAUUUGAAUGGGCAUUACACAAAAAUAGGACCGACGGUUUCUUUGGAAAUUUAAGUAUUUAUUUCACGUCACAAAAAACAAACAUGCAUAUCAUGAAACAAAGAUUAUCGUAGCUUGUCCCUGAAUAGUUUUUUGAGCCAUAAACAAUAUAUUACAAAACAGCCGUAUGCCACUCACUUAAAUUGCAUUAAUAUAUUACAUGGGUGCUUUUUAAAAACAUUUGUAAAGAGAAUAUUAAUUAUUUCAAAAAUUGUUGGUUAACAGUUUAUUAACAUGAUUAUUCAUGUAAUAAAUAUAUAUAUAUCUCUAUAUAUAUAUAAUGUCUUUAUAUAUAUAAUGUCUUUAUAUAUAUAUCUUUAUAUAUAUAUAAGAUAUAUAUAUAUGUGUGUGUGUAUGUAUGUAUAUAUAUCAACUGUGUCCACUUUGGGGUUCCAUAGGAGAGAAUCGGCUGUUCCUUAUUUUUAUUUUUAGAUUUCAUAUUUCCCCGACAAACACUGUGACUAAAUUUAAAAGAAUGAGCGAAGCAAGCGGCCGGUGAUGUCCGUCCACGUGAGAGAUCGCCGCUGAACCUCAUUUGUAGUCUUGAGAAGUGAAAGUAAUUUGUGAGUGCACCUCCGCCCCGACACCGGAUUAGCACGGAGCGCCAGGCCCGCCCGCUAACCUAAUCUGCGGCAGCCGUAUUGAACCGGUGCUGCUUUUCAUUCGUCUCUCGAGGUGGUCGACACAACGCAGGUCUGCAGCGCGUUGACUCAUGCGAUGCAUUGUGGCAGACACAGACCAGCUGGCUGUGAUUACACAGGGCAAGGCCCGGGCCCAGCAAGCAAAUGAAUGCAGUUUAUAGGGAGAGCAGCUGAGGUCACAUGGCUCAACAGAGAGAUCCCAAACUGAUUUAUUUGAGAAUUGGAAAACAAAAACUACUAAACUACUUCUGGCAAUACAAAAACUACUAAAAACUACUUCUGGCAAUACAUUUUGUAUGUCUUAUCCACGUUUUUUUUCUCUUCCCUGUUUAAGACUAAACAGGUGAGAGAAAAACUACGUUUCUGCGUUUUCCUUUUAAGUUUUGCAAUUCAAACUCACCUGGGAAGAAAAAAAAUAAUGCUUUUGUUACUAUUGGAAAUUAGUAUUAAAAAGAGUCCUGCAACAACAACAUAGAAAAAAUGAACCUGACAACUUUUUUCACCUGCUUUAACGGAUGAAAAACGUAAAGGAAAUAUCCUGUUUUUAAGACAUGAACACAGGAGAGAAAACGGUUUGGAUCAGACUAAGUAAAUGGAUCAGCAGAGAAAUAUGACCUUCCAUUGCUUAUCGUCAUUAUACAUAUCGUAGUACUUUAUGGUGUGAAUGAUUGGGUAUCAGCUGCAGAGUUCAUCAUACAAUUAAAUAUGAUUAGGCCCGAGGGUAGAGACAUUUCUCUGAGUCUUAACAGUGACUGUUUGAACCCAGAGCUAAUCAAUAACUCACUAUCACUGUCAUGCAACAAACACACACGCACACACAUUGUGUCCAGUAUUUUAGCUAUAGCUGCCACUGGCCGUGCUCGGACUGGUCUUCCCUUCUCUUUGGCCUUUUAUCUUUCGGGGUGGCCAUGUUGUUUUCUGACGGUGCCGGUGCACCACGGGGGGUCUCGGCCGUCCUCUCUGGUGGUCGUGUUAAAGUUCUCAAUGAUAUUUUAUACUUGUUCUACCUCUAAGGUUUACCACUGUAUAUGAGCUAGAAUGGCCCAUUUUAAGUUUGUCUCGUCUUCCCACACUCUUUUUUUUGUUUACUAGACAACAACAAAUUAUUUAUAUUAUAUAUAACUGUGUAAUGUAAAAGACAGGUUGCUACUCUAUAGAACCGUCUGCCUUGUGAAUAAGAAUAUUUAUCUCCAAAUUGUAUGUGUCUAGAAAGUCUUUAGAAGUCCUUUACAUUUCAGAAGCUUAUCGCUCAACACAAGUGACAUGAUGUUGAAUCAAAACCGUUGCCACUAUAAUUGCAGUUUGAAAAAUAGUACACCAAUUUCCCUUCUUGUGAGACUAAUUAGCAUUUUCUUUUAUUAUUUCGGUCUUUCCAGCAAACUGUGGGAUUUGAAAACACAAUCGAGAAUCUUCGUAGAAGAAGAAUCGUUUGACGUGCGCAUUUUCACUUUCUUGUGAGUUAGAUGAGAAAAUGGAUGCCACUAGCGUAGCUUAGCACAAAGACGAAUGGUUUGUUAAGCUUAUGCUAAACUAACAGGCCGGUGGCUCUAACUAUAUUAUAUACAAUUAAUAUAGAGUGGAAUCGUUUUUUCUCACAAUCAUUCAUAUUUCAUACAUUUGGAACUAGCCCUUUAACCAUUGUGCAUUUGUCUCGACGGCCGUCGGCUGUGGAAUCGGAGGUGUGUGGCCAACAAUGUCGGAUUGAAUCUGUCUAUCUUUUUUUUCCCCAGAAUGCUUUUUUGCUGUUGCUAUUGUGUCACAAUGUUCACGUGUGGAAGAAUCUUCCCUUUAACAUCCUGGAGUUACAUCUCUUUCUCUGCCUUUAAAACUCUACAAGGUU